AUGGUGAUGGCGGCAAUCUCGCUUGUUCUGUUCCUGGCCAGCUUCACAGCGCAGCGUCGGCGCCACGGCCUGCCGGCCAAUGCGCCCGUCGGUGCAUCACAGAAGCAUCCGGAGGCGCCCGAGAAGACUGCGUCGAUUAUGCAGCUGAUGUUUUUCUCGUGGAUGGACCCGAUGAUCUGGCUUGGGUACAACCGGCCCCUGGAGCCCAAUGAUGUGUAUGACCUGAUGCCCGAGGACCGGUCGAUGCGCGUGUGUGCCGAAUGGUACAGGGAUUCGCGCGACUACGCCCGCAAGCACGGGUCUGAUGACCGCUCAUUGACGGUGCGCUUGCUGUGGUUCUUCCGGUACCGCCUGCUGACCCAGAGUCUGUGGACGCUGGUCUGCACUGUGUUCCUCUUCACUGGUCCUUUCCUGCUCAAGCGUAUUCUGCGGUACAUCGAGGACCCGUCUAUCUACACGCGUGAGCAGGCGUACUGGUGUGUCAGCGGAUUGAUGGCUGGUGGCACUGUUGCAACUGUGUGCCAGAGCCAGGCGCUGUGGAUUGGCCGCAAAAUCGGAAUUCAGAUGAAGUCGAUCAUCAUCGGCGAGGUCUACGCCAAGAGCCUGCGCCGUCGUGACGCAGCUACAUCGGCAGAGAAGGCAGGCAGCGAGCAAGAAUCGGGUGCUACUGACAAGAAGGGACCGAGCCAGGACGACGGUAGCGAUGAUGAGGACGAUGCGUCGUCGCUGGGAAAGAUCACCAACCUGAUGGCGGUAGAUGCACACAAGAUCUCCGAGGUCGCAUCGUACAUGCACUUCCUGUACCAGCUGCCCGCACAGAUCAUUAUCACGGUGGUGAUGCUGUACCAGCUGCUGGGGAUGGCAUCGAUUGCAGGCUUGGGCGCGAUUUUGCUCCUGGCACCGAUCCAGUACAGACUUGUGUCUGUGUGGGGCGUGAUCCAGAACCAGCUCAUGAAGGUCAGCGACCGUCGUAUGAGCCUGAUGAACGAGAUCCUGCAGGGUGUGCGCAUCAUCAAGUUCUUUGCCUGGGAGCGCCAGUUCGAGUCAGAGAUCGCCAGUGUGCGUGCCAACGAGCUGCGCGUCCUGCGUUCGCGCUACCUGCAGCUGACAUACUCGAUUCUGGUGUUCUUUAUGGCGCCCGUGUUUGUCACUCUGGCCACAUUCGGUGUCUACACUAAGGUCAUGGGCUACCAGCUGACGGCAUCGACGGCAUUCACUGCGCUGGCGCUGUUCAAGACGCUGCGGGGGCCAAUCGACCAGCUGCCCGACUUCUUCUCGUUCUGCCUGCAGGCCAAAGUGUCACUGGACCGCGUUGCCAAGUUUAUGUCCGAAGAGGAAACUCCCAAAUAUCUGCUUCAGACCGAAUCCCGCAAGCACCAUGACGACCAGAUUCUGACGGCCGUGCAUUCGACCGCCGACACGUCUUCCGAAUCCGACUCGGCUGGAUUUGAACUGCGCGAUAUCACUGUCAACUUCCCAGUAGGCAAGCUCAGCAUUAUUGCCGGGCCGACUGGCUGCGGAAAGACAUCGCUUCUGAUGGCGCUGCUUGGCGAGAUGCGUCUUACUGGCGGCAAGCUCCUGGUUCCUGGCUCCGUCUACCGCCCAGUGCUUGCGCCCAGCGACGAUCCGUUUGCAAUCCAGGAGUCGGUCGCAUAUGUCGCCCAACAAGCGUGGCUUCUGAACGAUACCAUCCGCGGCAACAUCACAUUUGGUCUGCCGUUCGAUGAGGCCCGCUACAACCAUGUGGUGCGCAUGUGUGCGCUGGCCCGCGACUUUGAGAUUUUUGACGCAGGCGACAUGACCGAGGUUGGCGAGCGCGGUGUUGCGCUGUCUGGCGGACAGAAGCAGCGUAUCAGCCUGGCGCGUGCUGUGUACUCGCCAGCGCGGCAUGUUGUCAUGGACGACUGUCUCUCCGCAGUCGAUGCCCAUACGGCCAAGCACAUCUACGAGCAGUGCCUGAUGGCGCCGGCCAUGAUGGACCGCACCCGUAUUCUGGUAACCCAUGCCGUUGGUCUGACAAUCAAGGGCGCAUCGAUGGUUGUUGUCAUGCAGGAUGGUCGUGUGGCGGCUGCAGGUUCACCGGUCGAGGUCCUGCGCAGUGGCAAGCUGAGCGAGGAGACACUGCGUGAAGCUGAUGAGGAGCAGCAGAACGCAGCAUCGAAGCGCGAGAAUGCAGCGGGCAAGGAGCCCGAGGGCGGUAACGACAAGCGGUUUGACGGAGAUGAGGGUACUAGCAAGGGGAGCAAGUCCAAGGACAGCGAUGGAGACAAGGACAAGGACAAGGGCAAGCUGACUACCGAGGAGGGCUGGUCCCAGGGCCAUGUCCAGUGGCGAGUCUACACCCAGUACCUGAAGGCCAGUGGCGGGUAUGUGUUCUGGAUCAUCCUGACUCUAGGAUUCAUCAUAACGCAGCUGACACAGGUCGCCCAGGACUACUGGCUGCGCGAGUGGGCUGCUGCAUACAGUGCCCCUGCGGCUAAUACCGACACGCUGGCUGAGAAUGUCGUAGCAUCCAGCGGACCGACGGCCUUCUUGCUGGCGCCUGUGCAGAACAUGGUAGCCAACUAUGCGCCUAAUGUCGACCUGGGCUACUACAUUGGUGUGUAUGUGCUGAUUGCCGUAUCCAGCAUCUUCUGCAUUCUGCUCCGCUCGCUGCUGCAGUUCUGGGGCUCGCUCAAGGCGUCGAAGGAGCUGCACGAGGACCUGCUGCACACCGUGCUGCGUGCGCCGGUGCGGUUCUUUGACGUUACUCCUGUGGGCCGACUGAUCAACCGAUUCUCAAAGGACAUGGAGACCAUCGACCAGUCACUGAUCUCGUCGCUGGCCAUUUUCAUCACCGAGCUUGUAUCUUCGCUGGCUAUUCUGGUUGUCAUUGCUGUCAUCACGCCAGCGUUCAUCGGUGGGGCGUUUGUGAUUUCGGUGAUCUACUGGAUCAUCGGCGUUCUGUACCUGUCGGCAUCGCGUGAGAUUAAGCGGUUCGAGAGCGUGACAAAGUCGCCGAUCUACACGCAGUUUGGCGAGACUCUGAAUGGCGUAUCGACAAUCCGUGCCUACGGCCAGGAGAAGCGGUUCAUGCGGUCCAACUAUACAAAGAUCGACGACAACAUCCGGCCCUUUAUCUACAUGUGGGGUGCCAACCGCUGGCUCAGCAUCCGCGUUGAUCUGGCCGGUGCCCUGGUGUCGUUCCUGGCUGGACUGUUUGCGCUGCUGGCAACUGGCCGUAUGGACGCCGGGCUGGCUGGCCUGUCGCUGUCGUAUGCGCUCAACUUCACCGAGCACAUCCUGUGGGUGGUGCGGUUCUACUCGUACAAUGAGAUGAACCUGAACUCUGUCGAGCGCGUCAUUGAGUACCUUGAUGUCGAGCCCGAGGCGCCGGUUACCAUCCCGGAUCGCGUGCCUGAGCCGCAGUGGCCGACAGCAGGCGAGAUCAGCGUUGAGAACUUGGUGCUCAAGUACGCCGAGAACCUGCCGCCAGUGAUCCGCGGGAUCUCGUUCCACGUCAAUCCGCGCGAGAAGGUUGGAAUUGUGGGCCGCACCGGCGCUGGCAAGUCGACGCUGACGCUGGCUAUGUUCCGGUUCAUGGAGGCUAGUGCUGGACGGAUCGUGGUUGAUGGCAUCGACAUCUCGCAGAUCGGCGUAGGCGAUUUGCGCUCCAGACUGACGAUCAUCCCGCAGGACCCGGUUCUGUUCACAGGCACGAUCCGCACUAACCUGGACCCAUUCAAUGAGCAUGGCGAUGAUGAGCUGUGGCUUGCCUUGCGCCGGGCUCAUCUUUUGGGUGACAGCGACGACAGCCACGCCCACGCCGAGAUCGCAAACACCGCUGCUGUUGCUGGCGGAGGUGUUGGAUCGAGCCGUGCUAGCACCGUCGACGACGGCGAUGAGGGGGUGGUGACGCUGGGCCGAACCAUCACUAAUCUGGACAUGGCAGUGAUGGAGAACGGGUCCAACUUCUCGCAGGGACAACGCCAGCUGAUUGCGCUGGCCCGUGCCCUGGUCAAGCGCACGCGGGUCAUCAUUCUAGAUGAGGCGACCGCGUCAGUUGAUUUCGACACUGACGCCAAGAUCCAGAACACGAUCCGUAACGAGUUCACCGAGUCAACACUGCUGUGCAUUGCCCACCGACUGAGAACCAUCGUCGAUUACGACAAGGUGCUGGUGCUGGACCAGGGGCAGGUGGUCGAGUAUGACACCCCGUAUAGCCUGCUGAAGAAGGAGGACGGCCUGUUCCGCCACAUGUGUCUCAAGUCGGGCGAGUACGACUACCUGUUUGCAGCUGCCGAGCGCAAGCACCAGUCGGAGCACUAG